UUCCGAUACAACCACCGUUCGUGACUACAGCCGCACGUGAUCGUGCGUUGUUAUUCUAAAGUACGAAAGUCAAGGACUCUUUGUGAAUUACAUGUAAUACAACCUAAUGAAACAAUAUUUAUGUUUGUGCAUAAGUGGAGGAUAAGAUACAUAUGAACUUCAACCUAGACGAAAGCCUUGGUCAGUAAAGUCGCUUCUAGAAUGUCGCAGAACUUCCGAUUCGUUCGAAAGUAUGUUGGUGGUUUGAAGGCAGCCAUCUUGGAUUGGAGUGGAACAACAGCCGAUAAAUAUGUUAUCGCACCGGCUGUAGUGUUUGUGGAAGUAUUCGAAAAACAUAAGGUCCCGAUUUCAAUGAAAGAGGCUCGUUUACCUAUGGGUUUACGGAAAGAUCUUCAUAUAAAAGCCAUUACAGAACAACCGGAAGUGAGGGAAAGAUGGAGGUCCGUAUAUGGCCGAGAUCCAAAUCAAGGUGAUGUAGAUAACAUGUUUAAAGACUUUGUGCCAUUGCAGUUGGGCUGCUUGCGUAAAUACACAGAGCUUAUUCCUGGAACUGUACAGGCUGUCGAUACACUGAAGAAAGAAUAUGGAAUGAAAAUCGGAAGUACGACGGGAUUUAUUCGUUCCAUGGUUGACGUUCUGUUAGAGGACGCUAAAAAGCAAGGGUUUCAUCCGGAUUGUACCGUGGCAGGUGAUGAAGUUGCCAACGGUGCAAGACCGAAACCUUUCAUGGUUUAUCGUAAUCUUGAUCUGCUGGACGUUCAUCCAAUCCAAGCGGUUGUCAAAGUUGAUGAUACUAUUUCCGGUGUCGGAGAAGCUCUUGAGGCUGGAUGCUGGGGUGUCGGAUUGGCGCGUUAUAGCAAUUACAUGGACGUUGACAGUUUCGAGCACGAGAAAACUCUAAGUGAAGACGAAAUUCAAAGAAGACUGGAAAUUUCCAGAGACUUAUUGCGCAAAAGCGGUGCACAUUACGUUAUAGACACAAUAGCUGAUUUACCGGAAGUUGUAGCUGAUAUCAAUUCGAGGUUAGCUCGCGGAGAAAGCCCCUAAUAUUCUGGUGUUCUCAGUACAACAGAUAAAAAUGGUGCUGCAACAAUCUUUUGGCGUAUAAAACUUCAAUGGCAUUAUUAUCAUAGACAUGGCUUCUGCAUGGCCUAUGUCAUACCAAAUUGAACCGUAUUGGUUUCUUAUAGCUUACCUCAAAGAACAUAGUUACUGAACAAACGUUUAGCUCCAGUGACUAUGAAAUCUUUUUAAGUAAUUAUCACCAUUUCACGCAUAUUCAUUUUUGUUGUUUCUAGUCAUAUUGACUUACAAGUAUAAAUUCGUAUAUCAAUAAAUGGAUCUCCAUUGGC